GCCUAAAAAUAGUCAUGUGUGAUCUUGUUUGAUUCGUCUUAACAUAUAGAUUAUUAAUAUAUAAUUUUUAUAAUUUUUUAAUAUAAAAAUUACAAGAUAAAAUGGAUUAAAGAAGUGCAUUGGAUGAAUACCUUCCCUGUUAAGAAACGAUUCAUAUUUCAAGUCAAUGGGGUUUCCCCUCCAUUGCGCUUUUCUUUCACCUUCUCCGCUAAUUGUGUAACUAUAAGUUGUAACCCCGCCUGGUUCAGUGCUUUUCGAGGACUCCGAGGUUAUCCCUUACAAAAAAAGAAGAAAUUUGUUUCUGGGGGAAAAAGACAUGGUUUUUCCUCGUGAUUUCUCUGAUCAUGCGGCUUCACAGAAGACUCUGUUAGUGGGUGAAGCCGACUUCUCCUUUGCCGCCAGUUUGGCUGCCGCCUUUGGCUCCUCUGCCUCCAACUUAACUGCAACUUCCCUUGAAUAUAAGAGGGAAUUGGAGAAAGUGUAUAGUAAAGCUGUAGAUAACAUCCAAGAGUUGAAAUCGAAGGGGUGCAAUGUGUUUCAUGCUGUUGAUGCCACUGUCAUGGCAUCUCAUCCCUCUUUCAAGAACUCUGUGUUCGAUCGAAUAGUUUUCAACUUUCCAUUCGCUGUCAUUUCCGAGGAAGAAUGGGGAAAUCUUCACAACCCAGCAGUUCUUGAGAAACAACAUUCCCUUGUGAGGGCUUUUCUUGAAAAUGCUAAGGAGUUGAUCAGCAAAAAUGGUGAAGUCCACAUCACUCACAGAACAGACGGAGUCUAUGGUGCAUGGAGGAUAAAGUUCCUUGCAUGCGAACAAGGUUUUCAACUUGUGGAAGCUGUUGAUUUCGACGUUUGCGAUUAUCCGGGUUACAAUCCCAAAUGGGGAAAUGGGAGUGACUAUGACAUGGAGAGUUCCCCUAGUAAGACUUACACGUUUCGCCUUCCUUGUCCACCAUUGAAGGUUGUGUCUUUUCCCCCCACAGAGCCUUCAUGGGACACUCUUUUGGAUGUCUUGGCAUCUCUAAGCACUAUCUCUAAUCAUGCUGAGAAGUGUGAGGAGUUUCAUUAUAAGAGCAAGAAGUUACCUUCUCCGUUGGUAAUUCCUAAUUUCAAGCAUGAUGAUAUGUCGCAUGAUGCGGUUGACAAUAUUGUAGCAGAAGAGACCAGAUGGAUAAAACACUACAGUAGCUCACAAAAGAUUCUGUUAGUGGGCGAAGGAGACUUCUCAUUCGCUUGUAGUUUAGCUUCAGCCUUUGGUUCUUAUGCCUCAAACUUGACUGCCACUUCCCUUGAAUAUAAGAGGGAAUUGAAGCAAGUUUAUGUGAAAGCUGCGGAUAACAUUGAGUUUUUGCAAUCAAAGGGCUGCAAUGUAUGGCAUGCUGUCGAUGCCACUGUCAUGGCAUCUCAUCCGUGUUUGAAGAACUCGGUGUUUGAUCGGAUAGUUUUCAACUUCCCAUUCGCUGUGGUUUCCAAGGAAGAAUGGGGCAAUCUACACUUUCCGACAGUUCUUAAGAAACAACAUUCCCUGGUAAGGGACUUUUUGGAGAAUGCCAAGAAGUUGAUUAAUGAAAAUGGUGAAAUCCACAUCACUCACAGAACAGACGGAGUCUAUGGUGCAUGGAGGAUAAAGUUCUUUGCAUCUGAGCAAGGUUUUCAACUUGUUGAAGUUGUUGAUUUUGAUGUUUGUGAUUAUCCGGGUUACAAUCCCAAAUGGGGAAAUGGAAGCGACGACAGCUUGGAGAGUUUCCCUAGUAAGACUUACAAGUUUCGACUUCCUCGUCCACCCUUGAAGGUUCUGUCUUUAUCACCCACAGAGCAAUCAAGGGACCAUGUGAUUGAUGCGUCUUGUUCCUCUAAUCUUGCUGAAAAGUGUGAGGAGAUUCAUAAUAAACCUCUGAACUUACCUUCUCCAUCCCUAAUUCCUAAUUUCAUGCGUGAUGAAAUGAGGAAUGAUGUGGUUGACGAUAUCAUAGCAGAAGAAAUCAAAUGGAUAAAACACUACAGUAGCUCACAAAAGAUUCUGUUAGUGGGCGAAGGAGACUUCUCAUUCGCUUGCAGUUUAGCUGCCGCCUUUGGUUCUGCAUCUAACUUAACUGCCACUUCCCUUGAAUAUAAAAGGGAGUUGACGAAAGUUUAUGCGAAAGCUGCUGAUAACAUCCUAGUGUUGAAAUCAAAGGGGUGCAAUGUAUGGCAUGCUGUUGAUGCCACUGCCAUGGCAUCUUUUCCCUCUUUGAAGAACUCGGUGUUCGAUCGAAUAGUUUUCAACUUUCCAUUCGCUGUGGUUUCCGAGGAAGAAUGGGCCAAUCUUCACCUUCAAACAGUUCUCGAGAAACAACAUUCCUUGGUAAGGGAGUUUUUGGAGAAUGCCAAGAAGUUGAUUAGUGAAAAUGGUGAAAUCCACAUCACUCACAGGAAAGAUGGGAUCUUUGGUGCAUGGAGAAUAAAGUUCCUUGCAUCUGAACAAGGUUUUCAACUUGUGCAAGCUGUUGAUUUCAACAUUUGUGACUAUCCAGGUUACAAUCCCAAAUGGGGAAAUGGAAGUGAUGAUAACUUGAACAGUUUCCCCAGUAAGACUUACAAGUUCAAACUUCCUCAUUCACCGUUGAAGCCUGUUCAGGAUGUCCCAAUAUUUCCACUCAUUAACACAUACCAUGCCGAGCAGCCCAAUGACAUCUAUGAGUUCAUUAACAAGAACUCGAAUGUUUCUACAGAAAUGUUAGAGUCAGUUGCUAACCAUAAUCUGAAACAGAUUGGUGUGGAGCAAGAGACAAAUAUGGGUGUUGUAGAAGAGGAGAAAUGGUUAAAACACUACAGUAGUUCCCACAAGAUGCUGCUAGUAGGCGAAGGAGAUUUCUCCUUCUCGGCCAGUUUGGCUGCUGCUUUUGGCUCUGCUGUCAACAUGGUUGCCACUUCCCUUGACUCGAAAACAACUUCGAGGAAAGUAUACACCAAAGCAUUGAACAACAUUAAGGCGUUGAAUGCAAAGGGAUGCAAGGUUUUGCAUUCUGUUGAUGCCACUACAAUGGCAUCUCAUCCAUGCUUGAAGGGCUCCGUGUUUGACCGUAUAAUUUUCAACUUUCCACUUGCUGUUGUUCCCAAGCACUGCAGCUAUCCUCAAAUUCGUAAACACCAAGACCUUGUUAAAAAAUUCUUCAAAAAUUCCAAGCAGAUGAUUGACUACAACGGUGAGAUCCAUGUGACUCAUAGGACAGACGGAGGUUUUGGGGCCUGGAGAAUAAAAUUUCUUGCGUCUAAACAAGGGCUUGAAUUCAUGAAAGCUACCGAUUUUAAUAUCAGUGACUAUCCGGGCUACAAUGCCACAUGGGAAAUUGAAAGUGAUGAUGAUCUUAAGUGUGUUCAUAGUAAAACUUACAAGUUCAGACUUCCUCAGCGACUCAUAAAGACCCCUUCUUAUUCGCCAACAGAACCAUCAUACAUCUCUCUUGAGGAUGUCUCCAUGAUUCAGCUUACCAGCAACACAAUUCUUGCUGAGCAGUCUGAGGAAUUUGACUAUGGCUUCACUCAGAAUUCGUCAAAUACAGAUGACGAAUUGAUAUCUCCAUCAUGGUGGGAAGCUGCAUUCAUUUCUCCUCUAAGCAAGUAUCACACUGAGUAUCAUCUGAAUCAAAAGCAUAUGUGGGAGGAUAACGUUAAUGCUCUUGUGGAAGAAGAGAAAAUGGUGAAACACUAUAGUAUUUCCCAAAAGAUCCUGCUUGUUGGUGAAGGAGACUUUUCCUUCUCUGUCAGUUUAGCUGCAGCUUUUGGCUCUUCUUCUAACAUGACAGCAACUUCUCUUGACUCUAGAACGGUGUUAGAGAAACAGUAUGAGAAAGCUGUUUAUCACAUUGAAGAGUUGAAAAGAAGUGGAUGCAAGGUGAUGCAUGAUGUUGACGCUACAAACAUGUCAUCUCAUCCGCAUUUGAAGGGCUCCACUUUUGAUCGUAUAGUUUUCAAUUUUCCAUAUGCUUGUGUUUCAGAGCAUGAUUCCCGCGAAUCCCGGCUUUGUGCGCACCAGAGUCUGGUGAGGGCUUUUCUGGAAAAUGCCAAGAAGAUGAUUGGCCAAAAUGGCGAAAUCCAUAUCACCCACAGGACAGAUGGAGAGUAUGGGGCGUGGAGGAUAAAGUUCAUUGCAUCCCAGCAGGGGCUGGAAUUUGUUGAAAGUGUUCACUUCAGUGCAGCGGAUUACCCAGGUUACACUGUCAAGUUUCACGAGUUCAAAAGCACAACUUACAAGUUCAGACUUCUUCGACGACUCUUGAAGACCGUUUCCCCUUCUUAUUCGCCAACCGAACCAUCAAACAUCUCUCUUGAGGAUGUCUCCAUGGUCCAGCUUACCGACAACACAAAUCUUUCGGAGCAGUCUGAGGAAUUUGACUAUGGCUUCACUCGGAAGUGGCCAAAUACAGAUGAAGAGUUGAUAUCCAUUUCCCUUUCAAGAAGUUCUUAUGAUCUGAGGCAAAGCAAUAUGUGUGAGGAUAACAUCAAUGGCAUUGUAGGAGAAGAGAAAUGGUUAAAACACUACAGUAGUUCCCACAAGAUGCUGCUAGUAGGCGAAGGAGAUUUCUCCUUCUCAACCAGUUUGGCUGCCGCUUUUGGCUCUGCUGUUAACAUGGUUGCCACUUCCCUUGACUCUAAGACAACUUUGAGGAAAGUAUAUCCCAAAUCUAUUCAAAACAUCAAGUCCUUGAAAGCAAAGGGUUGCAAGGUGUUGCAUUCUGUUGAUGUUACUACAAUGGCAUCCCAUCCAAGCUUGAAGGGCUCCGUGUUUGAUCGAAUAGUUUUCAACUUUCCACUUGCUGUCGUUCCCAAGCAAUGCACAUACCCUCCAAUUCGCAAACACCAGUCCCUUGUUAAAAAAUUCCUGGAAAAUUCCAAGCAGAUGAUUGACAACAAUGGUGAGAUCCAUGUCACUCACAGGACAGACGGAGGCUUUGGGUCAUGGAGAAUAAAGCUUCUUGCUUCUAAACAAGGGCUUGAAUUUGUUGAAGCUAAAAAAUUUACUAUUAAUGACUAUCCGGGUUACAAUGCGACAUGGGAAAUUGGAAGUGAUGAUGAUCUUAAGUGUGUUCAUAGUAAAACAUACAAGUUCAGACUCCCCCGACAAAUCUUAAAGACCGUUUCCCCUUCUUAUUCGCCAACAGAACCAUCAAAUAUUUCUCUUGAAGAUGUCUCCAUGAUUCAGCUUCCCAACCAAACAAAUCUUGCUGGGCAGUCUGAGGAAUUUUUCUCUGGCUUCAAUGUUCAUCAAGAACCAGUUUUUCCUAUCCCUGUCCCAAACCAGACAGAGAUUGGCUACAAUCUGUUCCAAAAUGAGAUGUUUUACCCCAUGAUGUCUCCUUAUGGAGAUUCUUUAUGUGCUGCAUCACAAAACCAGAAUGGUUUUUAUCCUUCUAGCAUUUAUUUAGGUGAUAACCAAAGUAAGAAGCAAGAGAAAUGGAUAAAGCACUACAGCAGUGGACACAAGAUUCUUUUGGUUGGUGAAGGAGACUUCUCAUUCUCUGCCUGCUUAGCCGCCGCCUUUGGAUCUGCUGCUAACAUGACUGCCACUUCUCUUGACUCUGAAGAAUUCUUGACUACAAACUACUGCAAGGCUUUUCUGCACCUCAGAGAGCUGAAAAGAAGGGGAUGUAAGGUGAUGCAUGGCAUUGAUGCAACCUACAUGAUCUACGACCCCUCCCUGGCGGGCUCCACGUUCGACCGCAUCAUCUUUAACUUCCCAUAUGCUGGGUUUUUCAAAGCAGUUCCGCGACCGUCUCAACUAAGUUGUCAUCAAGCUCUUGUUCGGCUGUUUCUGUCAAACGCGAAGCGGAUGUUGAGAGAGAAUGGGGAGAUCCACAUAACUCACAAGACGAACGGAUUCCACAGGGAAUGGGGCAUAGGUUUAAUAGGAUUACAGGAGGGGCUUGAGCUUGCAGCAGCUGUUGAUUUUGAUGUGGCAGAUUAUGCAGGUUACAGCAACAAGUAUGGGUUUGGGGGCGACAACCAUUUUGACCCGUCUCCUAGUCAGACAUACAUGUUUCGUCUUCCUCGUACUGCUGCUGCAACUCCAUUGCAAUGCCAUGCCUAUAAUACUUGGUUCUCAUGUUGAAACCUUAUAAGUUAUAUCAGACACUAUGAAAUGCUGGUGUCAACCUUGGUAUAGUGAACUGCUUUGUAUCACAUUAUUCAUAAUACAGUGUUGUGUUUUGGGGCAAGUUUAAGUGGUUUUUUUGUUCACAAGUUUCAUUUGUAUAAGGUAAUGCCCAAUGAUGUAAAAUUUUUGGAGUACUGAAAAUGUUAAUGUUAUGUACUUCGGAGUAAGAUGUUACUGAGGAUAUCAAAUGAAGAGAGCUCAUGGCC